CCCCCGCUCAGGGCUGCAGGCAGGUCCGUCCACCCAGAAGGUCCGUCCCUGUGAGAUGCGCAUCCCGGUCUUGAAAGACCUUCACCAGCAACAGAGGCGUGGCAGUGGGGAGAAGCCCUGGAAAGGGGAUGUGGACAGAGCCUCAUGUUGGAGGAGCUGCAACAUGUUUGUGUCAGGACGGCCUUUCACCUGUGGGAAGGUUGGCAAGGACCUCCCAGCCACCUCGGGACUUCUGCAGCGCCAGGUCACUCCUGACAGUGAGGAGCCGCACAGGAGCCACCAGAGUGGGCAGGCCUUUUGCUGUGGGAAACGUCACUACAACUGGUGUGAAAAAGCUGCCAGGCACAAGCAGGCACUUGAUCAACAUCAGAACGUCAGCUCUGGAGAAGGGUUGCAUGAGUGUGGCAAAUGUGGGAGAACCUUCAGCUGCAACUACACAUUUGUGCAGCACCAACAGAUUCACAGCAGACAAGGGCCGUAUGAGUGUGGUGAAUGUGGGAAAUGCUUCAGCCAGAUCUCUGGCCGUCUUAAAGACUGGAAAACUCACAGGAGUACAAAGCCUUAUAAAUGCAGUGAAUGUGCAAAAUCCCUUACCCAAAGCACUAGCCUUGUCCGACACCGGAGAGUUCACACUGGAGAAAGGCCAUAUAAUUGCAGCAAAUGCGGGAAAUUCUUUAGACAAAUCUUUAACCUCAUUCGACAUAGAAGAGUUCACACUGGAGAAGUGCCUUAUGAGUGUAGUGAUUGUGGGAAAUCUUUUAGCUGGAAAUCUAAACUCAUUCAACACCAGAGAAUUCACACUGGAGAAAGGCCUUAUGGGUGCAGUGUUUGUGGGAAAACCUUUAGCCUAAAUGCUAGCCUUAUUCAGCAUCAGAGAGUUCACACUGGAGAAAGACCUCAUGAAUGCAAGGAAUGUGGAAAAUCCUUUGCUGACAAAUCUCACCUCAUUCGACAUCAGAGGAUUCAUACUGGCACAAGACCUUACGAGUGCAGUGAAUGUGAGAAAUCUUUUACGCGACGCUCUGGUCUUGUUCAACACCAGAGAGUUCAUUCUGGAGAAAAG